AUGGAGCCAAAGCAGCAUCACACCCAACAGCAGCAACAAUCUGCACCGCAACACCCUCACCAACACCAGAAUAAUGCACACCUCGACCCCCACAGCUCACAGUGGCAGUUCGACCUGUUCGACUGCUGCGGCGACAUGAAAGCGUGCCUGCUAGGCUGCUGCUUGCCAUGCGUGCUCCACGGGAAGACGAUGCAACGUAUGCAGGACCCGUCGCUGCAGUCUCACAAGCUUCUGAACCACGAGUGCAUGGUCUGGUGCUGCAUCCCGUGCGAAUGGCUCUACAACACGGCCACGCGUACCCGGAUUCGUGAGAAAUACGGCAUCGAGGGCGAUGCCUCGUCUGACUUCAAGACGUCCUACUUCUGCACGUGCUGCGCGCUCAUCCAGCAAGACCGCGAAGUCGCCCUGCGAGCUGGCCACUACCCCCCCGACCCCCAGGGAUACCAGGGUCAGAAGCAGGGCAUGCAGAUGCCUAAGCAUAGCGGUGUCCAGGACGCCCAAGAGCAUAAGGGGCAUCGGCAUCAUAGGCAGGAACGGUAA